AUGACCAGCCCAGUACUUGCUCGUCCAAAGGAGAUAGCCGCACAGCGAGUCCUUGUGGUCGGCCCAACUGGAGCGGGCAAGUCAUCGUUCAUCUCAGCAGCCGUGGGCCGCGAUAUUGGAAUCGGCCACGGCGGAGAAUCCUGCACGGAGAGUUGCGGACGUUAUAGAGUUCGUGCGGGCGACGCGGACUUCGAGCUGAUUGAUACUCCAGGAUUCGACGACCAAUCUCGCGAUGAUUUCAGCAUCUUGGAGAACAUCAAAGAAUACCUCGACGGCGUCGUGGGAAUAGUCUACUGCCAUCGCAUCACCGACACCCGUAUGAUCGGGAAUGUCAGACUCAACCUCGAUAUCAUCAAGGCGGUAGUCGGGAGGGCUUUCUGCAGUCGAGUCGUCAUAUGCAGCACCAUGUGGGACACUCUGUCAACUCAAGCGAUCACGGCGAAGCAAGGGCAGUUUCGGGAGCGAAUGGAAGGGCUUCUGGACUCGGUCUUUGGGAGUAUGAUGGAAAGAGGUGCCCAUUACAAGGAGUUCCGGCCAAGCGAUAAGGAUACUUGCACGAACAUAUUGGACAUCUUCACCUCUCAGCGAUGUGCCCCACGCCUGGCAUUAGCAGAGCAGCUCUCGGAGAAGUUUCACAUGCGCGAGACUAAACCGGGCGUUGUGAUCUUGGAUGAGAGGAAGAAGCGAGACAAGGACAGAAAGGCCCAAGCACAGGGUUUGGGUGACGGGGGAAGUUCGCUGGGGCUGCAGGUGUCUUCGCCUAGGGAGAGGACCAUGAGGGGGAAACGGCGUCACGCGGACGGCUCCAAGAAAAGCACGGCGUUGUUGUCCCAUUGGGGCCUGUAA